UCGAACUGAGCGUUGAGGCUGAGUCUGGCGCACUGGAGAGGAAGUCAAGUCGUGCUGGACUGGACUGACGCGCCAUUCCUCGCAACUCGCCUUUAUUUAAAAAAAAAAAAAAACAACAUGUCCACACAUGAUGAUGGCAUGUGUGUUUUUGCAUAGCUCUACGCGGAUUUCUACUUGUUUUGUCUGAAUUCGUGCAAGGCAUGGAUUUCCUUUUUGUGUGCUUCUUUCUGUCUUGUUACAGUGUCGGCUGUGUUCGGGGGAAUCAGCACAGCGAGAGCAGUAUCUAUUUGGACAACAUCACGCGUAUAUUGGAUAGAUUACUGGACGGCUAUGACAACAGGCUGCGACCUGGAUUUGGAGGUCCAGUCACAGAAGUCAAAACGGACAUCUUUGUUACCAGCUUUGGACCCGUUUCAGAUGUGGAGAUGGAAUACACCAUGGACGUAUUCUUCCGCCAAACAUGGAUUGACGAACGCUUAAAAUUUGAAGGCCCCAUCGAGAUCCUGCGGCUCAACAACCUCAUGGUCAGCAAGAUCUGGACGCCGGACACGUUUUUCCGCAACGGCAAGAGGUCGAUCUCUCACAACAUGACCACCCCCAACAAGCUGUUCCGCAUCAUGCAGAACGGAACCAUCCUCUACACCAUGAGAUUAACUAUAAACGCCGAGUGCCCAAUGCGCCUGAUGAACUUCCCGAUGGACGGACACGCAUGCCCACUGAAGUUUGGGAGCUAUGCCUACCCUGUCAGCGAGAUCAUGUACACGUGGAAGAAAGGUCCUCUGUCUUCUGUCGAGGUCCCUCAGGAGUCAUCCAGUCUUCUGCAGUAUGACCUUAUCGGUCAAAGAGUGUCAAGUGAAAGGCUGAAGUCCAACACAGGGGAAUACGUCAUCAUGACCGUCCAUUUCCAUCUGCAAAGAAAAAUGGGAUUUUUCCUUAUCCAGACGUACAUUCCCUGUAUUAUGACGGUCAUCUUGGCCCAAGUCUCCUUCUGGAUUAACAAGGAAUCUGUUCCUGCUCGGACAGUGUUUGGUAUCACCACUGUGUUGACCAUGACCACGCUCAGCAUCAGCGCCCGCCACUCCCUCCCCAAAGUCUCCUACGCCACGGCCAUGGACUGGUUCAUCGCCGUUUGCUUCGCCUUCGUCUUCUCUGCCCUCAUCGAGUUUGCGGCUGUCAACUACUUUUCCACGCUGCAAGCCAACCGAGAGCUGCGAAAGGCGGCGGCCAUGAAGGCAGCGGCUCAAGAGGCCGCAGCUGCAGCUGCCACCCCAUCUGCUGCCACAGGAAAUGAUGGAGAGGUCUCCUCGGCGGACGCCAGUAACGUGUUGAAGAAGAGGAUGAAUUCUGCUCCUCUCUUCGAUCGCCCGGCCAAAACCUUCCCCAACCCGCCCGUCAACGCCCAGGCCUUCCUGCAGCAGGGGUCCGCCAUGCCGGCCAACAACGUCCUGACGGGCACGAGCAUCAUUGACAAAUACUCUCGCAUCCUCUUCCCGCUUUCCUUUGGCGCCUUCAACCUGGUCUACUGGAUUGUGUAUCUCACCAAGGACACCAUGGAAAUGUCCAGGGACACGGUCUGAACUGAAGCCAGAGAGCGUGGACAUCAUAUUUGACGUACACACAGAUGCAACUGCAUAGACACACGAGUGCGACCCGAUGAAAGCACUGGUCUCAUCAACCAUUCAUUGUGUGUGAUGCAUGCCCAGAAGUCUUUAAUGAUGCAUUGUAAGUCUUUUUGAGUUUGCUUGUGUCUUUAGACUAGACGCGGUGUGCAAUCAGUAUGUCUCUCGUUAGGACAGACGCAAUCCUUAUCCUCACUGGAUCUUUACCGGUAUCCCGGCUGAGGCUCUGCUUUAUUUCCUCAUGACUGUAACAUGCAUGCAUCAUGGGAGAGAUUUAGCAUGUUUCCAUGUUGAAAAGACGGAGUGUACUCCAUGCGAUGGGCUGACUUAUCCUCUCCAGUUUCAUUUCCCUCCGCGCAACGCAGCUAAAGAGGACUUGAGGUAACAUCUUCAAAAUAAAAGUGGCAUCCAUGAGAGCCGUGAGUGAAACGACCGUAUGAUGCAUCUGGUAGCUGUUUUGUGGGGGGAGUACGCUUGACAGAAAAAACACAACCUGGAUUUAACUACCACGUUAACCCGAAUAUAAGACAUUUUUUUUCCUUGAGGAAAAUAAUCAGAAAAAUACAAGUCGCCUUAUAGUUGGGGUCUAGUGAUGUAAACAUGUCAACCAACAGGUGACACCAAACAACCUCUUCCCCCAAAGGAGUUCGAGCUUUAUCAUGUAGUGUAAAGUGAAGAAAACUCUGUGAAGUCCCAAAAUUUGGGUUGAGAAUGUUUCAAAGGUUUCAGUUGGACAUUUUGGAACCCUUUAGAAUGGAAACUUGAUUAAAUGUGUACCGAAACAAGACUUAAAGCAAUUAAAGGCUCCAGUUGGCAGUUUUGCCGUCCGAAUUGACACUUUUUUUUACUAAAGAUGCAUGAAGUUACACCUAAAAGGGGGAGUGUUGUCAUGUGACUUUGCUUCAGUUGGUCAGGUCUAGGUUCCUUAAAAGUUAUGCAGCCAAGCAGCGAAGUUUUUCUGCCCAUGUACAUAUUUUCGAUCAAAGUGUUGGAAUUUUUGAGAGCUUGGCAGUGUACGAUAAUAAAGCACAAGGGGAAAAAAAAUCCUAUACAUACUUGAUGUAAGAAAUUGAUAGAGAAAGCAGACAUUGAAGCCGUCUGUUCCUUUGUGUACGUGCAUUUACUGUAUGUACUGUACUCUAAGGCCUCCAUGUAUCCAGGCAACAGCCUAUUUUCAUGUGUUAUUACUAUCUUUCUACUUGAAAAAUGUAUCUAAUUAAUACUGUCUUUUUUUUUUUAAUGAAGUAAAAAGUGCUUGCCGGUUCGUAAUUAAGACGACAGCUUCUGGCUUCUUGUUCCCGUUUAACGACAGGGGGAGAAAAAUAGAAACCCUCAACCCAGAAUCAUCAAUUAUACAGAAUGCCAAAACACGUUCAUUAAUAAUCCACUUGUGAGGAUUAUGCACAGUUUAGUGGUGCGUUGGUUCGCCUGCUAACUAAGCAGCACUAAGGUAACAUGUUGUGUUGUCUAAAUAAUGCGCUUCCUCACCGCAUCCAUCAUCCUGCAGCGUUUUCUCAUUAAAAGUGUCUCUUAUUAACACAGGCAACUUUUCAUAUGACAGCCAUCCCGCUAUAAUAACGUCCCAAAAGAUAGAGGGACUAUAUAUACAUCAUACGUGUACAUGAUGUAUUCUAGUAUACAUGAAAGAUUAAAAAAUAAUAAUAUAAACAUCUACAUAAAAAGUGUGUGGAGGAAAAAAGAAAAAGAUGCAAUUGGACUCAACGACAAUCAAUUUAUGGUAAUGGUUUAGUUUAUUUCGUACGUGCAAAACAAUUUACACAGCAGUACACAUGCAGUACACGUUUACACUUGCACGAUUCAAUGUGCCCGGGAAGGACAUAUGAUUUAUGUUUUUUAUGGGAAAAAAAUAUAUAAAAACCUAUGAAAUUAUUUACAUUUCCACCCUGAACAUGGAUGUAUUUUUUUAAAUGAAAGACAGAAACAUAAAAAGAAAUGUAAAUCAUUUUUUAAAAUGUCUUUAAUCCCAAAAAACUAAAAUAUUAUUA